AUGUCUGUGCUGCCGCCGAAAGCCCUCGAGGACAGACAGAACCAAGUCCUGCCUUCGCCCCUUCCCUUCUGCAGCUCGCGGGUGCUGUCACACUCCUUCUGCCUGCACCAGGACGUGAUGAACCUGGCCUGCGCCAACACCACCCCCAGCAUGGUGUACGGCCUCACCGCCAUCCUGCUGGUCAUGGGGCUGGACGCCGUCCUCAUCUGCCUCUCCUACAUCCUCAUCCUCAAGGCUGUCUCGCUGGCAUCGUGGAAGGAGAGGCUCAAGGUGUUCAGCACCUGCAUUGCCCACAUCUGUGUGGUCCUGGCCUUCUACGUGCCCCUGAUCGGGCUGUCCGUGGUGCACAGAUUUGGGAAGGGCCUGGCUCCACUGGUCCACAUCACCAUGGGGAACAUCUACAUCCUGGUGCCUGCUGUGCUCAACCCCAUCAUCUAUGGGGUGAGGACCAGACAGAUACAGAGGAGGAUCCUGAAAUUAAUUGAAAUUUCCAGUGACAGAACUGCCCAAUGA